CGCCAACGAAGAUCAAGACGAACUAUUUGACCUGAUUAUGACCGGAAACUACGACUUUCCCAGCCCCUACUGGGACGAUGUUUCCUCUUCUGCCAAGAAUGUAAUCUCCACCAUGCUAGAAGUCAACCCAGAGCUACGCCUGUCGGCCACACAAGUGUUGGAACAUCGAUGGAUAGCGGUGGAUACUUCGUUUGUGGCGGACUCGAGACUAAAUGGGUCACACGGACUGAACACCUUCCGACGUGAGUCCAGACCCGCGCACAAUUCUACCGGCAUCAAGGUCAUGACGACGUCAGCCCUCGACAGAGCUUCCAGACUGUUCAGAGGACGCGGGUCGCAAACCGCUCACGGAAAAGGGCGGGACAUAUAA